GUGUUUGGAAGACUUUAGCUCUGUGGAAUUUUCUAAAACAAACGGUUUGAAAGACAGACAUAACCAACAUCUUCACGCAUGUCCGAUCAACUCAAUAUCCGUUGCUAAGCAGUGUUACCGCGAUCUGUAAACAAAUCGCACAUGGACUUCGAGUUCUGUAAAAUUUAGAUCCAAAAGUCUCAGGCAGUUGGGGUGGUUGCUACUGGUUAUUUUUGUGAGACGUGAACUACCCGACGUGUACGUACGGGACAAAAUUUUUAUUCAUGAAAGAGUUGUAAUCGAGAACUGUCAUACAAGAAAUUUUAAUUUAGACUGCAGUCAAGGUUGGGAGCUUUUAUACCAAAAAUGUCGACGGCAAUGCAGCUUCCAGAUAUUCAAACCAGACCAGUUUACGACGGGAAAUAUCGAGAUUGGACUCCACAGAUUCGACCGGCUGGCAAACUUACAGCAACAUGCAGAGGAGAAUCAACACAACGAUGCUUUACUGCACCAGAUCCCAGACCACCAUCUCCAGAUGCAGUCAGAAAGUUUCGCAGAUUUUAUUUUCCCGACGCGGGUCAAGCUCGGGUGUUUUAUGGCAAAGCCAACGAUCCUCAUCGGCAAUGGGCAGCUGAAACCACCCAUGGAGUGAAGGUACGAGACUCCGUGACUGCUGGGGAAGUCGUGAUGCCCAGUCGAAAGUCAGUGUUUCAACAAAAACUGUUAGACUGGCGAGAAACAUACCAAAGUCAUGCACUGGCGCCAUUGGGGAAGGUUCCCAUGGGAACUGCUGGGCUACCUAAAACCAUCGACCCUUAUUACUUCACCUUCGGGUUGCCUACAGAACUAGAUAUUGGAGCUGGUGGUUUAAUCAACCCAGACAAGACUUUUAGAAGUGUUCGGGAGGAGGCUAAAGUGGGACAUCCCAUGUAUGUGCUCACCCACAAUGAUUACGACGUUGGGGAGAAAGUCUGUCGCAAUUACCAGCAGCCUAGCUACUGCUCUGACUCCCGCUGAAUCCCCACAGAACAUUUUAAUGAUGGACGCAACGUAAAGAAGACUUUAAAAUGGCUUCAUGAGACACGUCAGGAAAAGGCAACUCCUUUAGUCUCGCUCAGACUUGAUAGGUUCCGGGAGAGAACGCAGCCUCAACUUGGCAAGGUCCACGAUCCGAUAAAGGACACAAUGAACGUACCAGAAGAUCACACCUUUGGGAUUCUGUUCAAACCUGAUGAGUAUGGAGCAGGUGACCUUCUGCACAACAGAGUUCCGAGUGACUUCCUGCGAGGGAAAGAGCGCCAGCGAGCCAUUGUGGCUGCGGUCAGGCAGCACCUUAAGAAGGCCAACUACCAUAACUUUGCGGAUCUCAUGGCAGCGUUCAAGCAUUACGACAAGGAGGGAAAGGGCAAACUGGAUCUUAACGACCUACGUGAAGCGUGUUUCCAGUUCCACCUGCCGGUUGAGCCUGAGUUGUUGGUACAGCUGAUGGACUAUUGCGACACUAACAAAGAUGGCUUCAUCAACUACACCGAGUUCUCAAACUUCCUCAACUGGAAGGACAAAAUGCCAUCAGGUUUAAAGGAGACAGAUUAUUAUGUGAAGAUGGCAUAAAACAAGAUUGACCUGACUUUACAGGUACAAUGUAUCAAAAAAUCGUCACUUUUCUGUUGUUGACCGAUUUAGCUAAGGGGACAGAGCAAAGAAAACGCGUCUGGCAGCACAGAUGAUGAGGACAGCACUCCACGUAGACUGAAAAAGCAGAUUGACAUGGCCAUAGGGGACCAUCGCACCAGCUCAAAUAUGAUAAAUGCUGUCGUAGGAGGUGUCAACACCAAAGGUUAUAGGACUUAUGGUUGCCCGACUAUUAGAGCUGACCUAGCUGCCCCCAGAAUUCGCAGAAUUGACGACCGCACAAACUAUGGUGACCAGUCCGAUGCUUACGGUUUGGUGAAUCCUUCCAUUUACAGCCUGAGGGGUGUGCACGAGAAGGACUUCCUCAUUCCCCGAGAGAAAGAAGAGCUUUUAGCAAUUUUUACCAACAUCGGUGUGAAAAUGACCUUGAAUAUAUUUGACGACCUUUAUGCAAAAGCUGCCUCACAACAUCCCCGAGGUGAAGUCAGCGUGGAGUCCUUUCGAAGCAUACUCGAUGACAUUAUUGCUGAAGAAGUACAGAAAGUCACCCAAAACUAAGUUCAUACAGUCAACUGAAUAUAUUUUUGUUGCACUGCUGCUUUUUUGUUUCAGUUUUUUUAUUUCUUGCUCUUUCCUAUGUAAAAAGUAAAACCAUGAGAGAUCAAGGAAUAGUAUUAAUUGCAUGUAUUCUUUUAUACGUGAACAGUAAUAAAAGGCAGACCCAUUUUUUAGCCUUACCAUACAUGUACUGAAAGCACCAUCAGUAUGAUUUACUGGUACAUUUUGGUAUGUACCAGUAUUUUGGUACAUUUUCUUUUUUAUUUCGUUAUGGCUGUUUUUGAGCAUAUUUAAUGCAUUGGUGAUAUUUUUUUUAUUCCAUCUAUACAUUAUUUACCUAUUAUAUACAUGAAAGGUUUUGCAAUAUUUAAGUAGUAGGAUAAAAAAAGUUUUAUAAUUGUAUCAAUUUUUAAGUAUUUAUUUGAUGUCAGUAUUAUGUUUUACUGUGUGUAGAAUGAAGAAGUUUUCUUAAUGUCAGGAUAAAGGAUUUAAUUUCAUAUGUCAUGUAGCUUUAUCUUACCUUGGAUUUUGAUGUGUUUUUUAAUUGUAUCAGAAAAUGCCCUGACAGUAUUAUACCGGCGAGUAUUGAGAAGUACUAAGAAUACUAUACCAGUCAGUAUAGACGAGUACUUAAAGUAUUAUACCAGAGGGUUUUAAGGAGUUUUAAGAGUACUGUACAGAGGAGUAUUGACAAGUACUUAGAGUAUCAUACCAGACAGUAUUUACCAGAAUAAAGAGUAUUAUACCGGAGAGUACUGACGAGAAUUAAGAGUACCGGCAUAAAGCUGUAUUCAUGGUUACAGUAUUUGUCAUGAUCAGUAUUCAUUUCUGCAAUAAUAGUCUAGAAAAAGGAAAAAGUCUAUGUACACUAUGGGACCUGUGUUAAUAUUCUUGAGCUUUAUUCUGCGUCUAUGUACGUGUCAGUUUUAGAUGGAGUUUUGAAGACAUUGAACAACUUUUCUUUUUUUUUAAUUAUUUUGGCACCUUCCCUUCCAUAUGUAUGAUACUUAAAUCAACUCUCAAUUUUACUAUUCGGAAGGGAGCCACUAUUCAUGUGUAUAAUAAUACCUGUACAUAAACCGAUGAAAUUUAGCUUUUCUGAAGAAUCGAGUGCUCAAGGAAGUAGUGCGGUGCAAUGGUGUAGUACAUGAACAUGUUAAUUACACCAGUGAUACAAGUUAUAUUUAUAUUAGAUGCUGCAUUUUUUUGAAAGAAGAAAAAAAAUAUUUGAGAUUACCCUGCAGCUUCUUUUCACUAGAGAAAAAAUAAGCAAAGUCACAGUAUUCUAAAAGCUUUUGAAUUUGAAAAACAUGAAUUUUUAAAAAGUUGUUUUGUCAGUGUUUAGGACCUAUACUCUUGGGGUGUUAAAGCAGACAUUACAUUCCUUUUAUUCGUUGGUGGUUCUGGGGCGGGGAAUGGUUGUGUGGAGGUCUUGCUGUGCAGAGGUGAUGCUGCAGACAGCUGAAAUAAAGAGCGGCCUG